UGCACUGCUGGACCUGUCUGGGGCAUCUAUUUCACAAAACUUGAAUGGCAUUGGCUAAGGCACUGGGAUUUGUUUGGCAUGCCUCAAACCCCAGAUGCAACAACACUUUGGUUUCUGUGUGUGUGUGAGAAGGAAAGAAUCUUAAAUUCUUCUCUCCAGUUUUUAUUUUAUUCUUUCUUUUGCAGUAUAUACUGAUGGAGAAUAUGAAGGCAAGUUAUAUGAUUUCCUUUCUCUCUCAAACAAACAAAGCUUUGGCUGUUACCAGCUGAGAGAGGUUCUUGGUGCAACGACAACUAAAAUCUGUUGGCUUUUUUCCUUCUAAGAAAGAUUUCGUUUUUAAGUUUUGAUUAUUCUCUCCAUCUUCAGACCACAAUAAGCUUUCAUCUUCUCAGAAUCCCUUCAAUCUCUUACAGAUUCAAGAGUGAUGAGAAGAAGAUAAAAUGAAUCACAGCAAUCUGGAAAUGUGAUCCAGAUUCAUUUUCUGAGCACAGCGGCUUCUUUAAAAGGAAGGAUUCUGUGUACAAUUCAAAGGCUAACUCAAACAUGGAGAAUUUUCUUAAGCCCUAUGACAAGGAGUACAUGAGAAUGGCCAUGUUAAAACAUGAAGAAACAUUCAAAGAGCAGGUGCAUGAGCUUCAUCGACUAUAUCAAAUCCAGAAGAUUCUGAUGAGGAACAUUGGUAACAACAGGACUAAUACACAUUGUGAAGAAUUAUGCAACUUCAAGAAUAUUAACUUUGCAGAUACUAAUCAUGCUCGUGAGAUGCAACGGAAGCCCAUGAUGAAACUAGACUUGGAAAGGCCAGCUGAAGAUUACGCUGCAGAAUCAUCAUGCAGAGAUAGAGUCCUAGAGCUUAUAGAUGAGAGUGAGAUUGAGCUAACGCUGGGCCCUUCAAGCUAUUAUAACAGAACGAGGAAGAAACCUGAGACACCACUAACAUCAGAUUCAGGACCAAGCUUCUCUUCAUCUUCCACCGGAUCCAGCCAGAUAAACAGGACAAGUUCAUUAAGGCAUCAGAUAGUGAAUACAAAAAGAGAAGAAUCAGGCGGACUUGAAUUGGGGCUUGUUCAGGUUCCUGACAUGAACACAUUGGGUGGAUAUCAAACUGAAAAUACAACAAGCAUUGAUGUUGAUGAACAAUUCAGACAAGAGAGAUUAAAACAGCAACCUUGGCUUAUCCCAGUUAUGAGUCUGAACAUGACUUGAACAAACGAAAUAUCUUCAAAAAGUCUUUAUAUAAUAUGAUAAAAUUAUAGACUGAUUCCUAGAUGCUAAUUCUAUCAUCUGUGCUUGUAUGGAUUUUUCUGUUUAGUCUUUCGCCUGAUGGGUGUCCCAGUGUA